UUUUUCGUUCAUUCUAUUUCAUGUAAGUUCAAGUUUUAUUUUUGGUAAAAGAAAAUUAAACUAUUUGUCUGCCUUUAAAUUCUAUAUAAUAGAAUGAAUAAAUAAAUAGUAACCGUUUUCAAAAAAGUCUUCCAGUCAAUACUGACAACAAACAAGAAAACAUCCUAAAGAUUAAGACCCACAGCACAGAAGUGUGAAUGUGAAGUGCUUAUUAAAUAUUGUCUAUAAUAAUUCAUUCCCAUCCCAUAUAUAAAUACUAAUUUUACGAUUAUACAUUGCAUAAAAAGCUUAGCACGUAACGAACAUGCCUUCUUCAAAUUACGAGCCCACUGAUAGCGACGAGGAAAACUUGGACGAUGAUGAGAGCGAAGAUUAUUUAGAAUCAGAAUCUGACGACGAGGAUCCCGACUAUUUUGAAACGGCUUCCCCGAGCGAAGGGACGAAUGGUCAUCAACAAAGUGUCGCCCAACAGAAGCAAGUUAUGAUCAUUAAGCGACAAACGGCUUUACCAGCCUCACCAGGAUCACAUUCCUUUGCAACUUCAUUUGCAGAGAAUUACAAUCACGAAGCUUAUCUGCUGGCCAACACCAGACUGAAGUUCAAGUCGGCAAAGUCGCAGCAAGUUGUGGCCAACGAUUCGCGACGAGCGAAGAAGCCAAGGAAGGGGACAAGGGGCUUGGGUGGCAAGAAAAAGGAAUCUCAACUCCCUGAAAGGGUUCCAUCCAACUUCUCUGUGACCAAAGAAACGGCACGAGCGGUAGAUGCGUGUACACAAGUGCUCAACUCGAAGCAUGAUACAGAAAUCAGGGCGAAUUUAGAAAGCAAAAUCAUCCCAGAUUUUCCACGAUGGAUGUCUUUUAUGUGGGAAGGAUUUAACAUAAUACUUUAUGGAUUUGGAUCAAAGUUAGCAGUCGUGGAUUCGUUUAAUGAAUAUUUGCAAGAGAAUUUCAACGUGUUUAGAAUUAACGGAUUAUGUCCAAAAUUGAGUGCAAGAAAGGUUAUGUCCGACUUUGUGGACACGCUCGAAUUGGGAAUUAAAGCUAAAGGAGUCUGUUUGGAAGCUAUAUCUGAAGAAGUUUGCAAUAAACUGCCCGUUGACCAUCCUCCGGUAUUUAUGAUUGUUCAGAACUUUGAUACAUUAGCAGCCAGUAAUUCUAAUGUGGUUACCAUCAUUUGCUCGUUGGCACAAAUACCUUGGAUUCAUGUUCUUGCUACAACUGAUAAUAUAAAUGCAUCUCUCGGGCUGACUCAAAGUCAAUGCGUGCAACUUAAUUUUUGUUGGAUCCCUUGCUCGACAUUCCAACCGUAUGCAGAGGAAUUUAGCUGGACUGCGAACAUUUUUGGAGAAUCAACCAACUCUAAAGGAACAGAGAAUACGCUUCAAUACGUACUGAAAUCCUUAACUGGCAAUGCUCGAAAAGCAUUCUCUAUCUUAGCUUCUCUUCAGCUCGAAAAGUUGAGGGGAAUUGACGGAAAAAAAGGAAAAGACUUUGCGGGUGUAGAAUUUGCAGAUUUGGCUCGCAAAUGUAAAGAUAGCUUUGUUGCUCACAAUGAUUCCGUUUUACGCACUCUUCUUGUAGAAUUUGUGGAUCAUAAAUUAAUUACUACUCAUCAAGGGAAACGUAAAGGUGUAAAUUCUCUUACUAUAGAUUUAAGUAUUGAAGUUCUUCAAAAAAUUGUAACCCAAGGAAUUUAAAACAUUUUGUAUUAUCAUAAUUUGCAUCAAUAAAGGUCUACUGUUUGGGGACAAAUUAUCAGA